AAGGAAGCAGCAGCAGCUGGGACCUCCCCGUUGGCUUCUGCCCUUCCCUGGGAAGCCUGAUUAAUGCCUAACUGGGAGCCCGCCCGCCCGCGCUCCUGCACCCACGGGCACCCCCAAGCCCUGCCGGUCAUUGCCAUUCCGCCAUGGUGCCCAUCGCUGUCCUCCUGGCUGGGCUCGUGCUGGCUUCGCCCUCCUGGGCCCAGAAGCCCAGGCCCUCCAACAGUCCCAUUGACAAGAUCAGCGCCCAGGAACAGUUUGAUCCUGCCCGGUUUGCAGGGAAGUGGUUUCUGGUAGGGGUGGCCUCCGACUGCCUUUACCUGCGCGAAAAUAGCUACCGGCUAGAAGCCACCCAUGUGGUUGUGUCGAUGAUUGACAGAGGCACCGGGCCAAAAUCUCUGCUCUUUAGCACCUUCCGCCCACUGGAAGGGAUCUGCUGGAACAUCAAGCAGACCUAUUUUGCCAGCAAGACGCUCGGGCGGUUCCUCCUGAAGGGCCGUGGCGCCCCAAUGGCCGUGGUGGUGGGGGAGACGGAUUACAGCAGCUACGCCAUCUUGUACCUUCAGAAGCACCGCAAGAUCUCAGCCAAGCUUUACGGACGAACGGCACAGGUCGCAAAUGAUGUCCUGAAGAAGUUCGAGGCCGCUGUGGCUGCCAUCGGCAUGAGCGAGGACCUUGUCUUUUACUACCCCGUCUAUGGGUUUUGUCACUUGGCUGACCAAUUCCACAUCCUUGACGAAAAGGGGAUGUUAGCUAAAGAGCUGCUUUGUGCUGCUGUGCUCAAAGGUAGAACCAGCAGAGUUGCUGCCCCCAACUGCCAAAGAUGCCCCCCCUGCCCCCAGCUCAGCUGCCCUGCCUUCGGGGCUGUUCUCGGCCUCUCCAGCUUUUGCUGAGAAGGCAGUUCUGGAAAGUGCUCGCUGCCCCCCCUCCGGGUCUGUUCUCUUGGCGGCCGGCUUGUUUUGCUGUUCCGGCUCCAGCCUUCGCACGUGCUGUUUACCAGAGCGCCCUGGCUGCGUUCCUCGGACCCCCUCCGCCUGGCUACGGGAGGGCGUCUCUCAUGGCUCUAAAGGGGGCGGCAGCCUUAAGCCAGGUCCGAAGGAUGGAGGCUGUUCUCCUGCUGGCCUGGCAGGAAGGAUGUGCGCACCCCCUGCUGAAAACUGUCCGGAUCCUUUCUCCCUAUUUCCCUGAACCCCUCUGGGAACAGUGGGAGGGGGUCGCGGGAGAGGCGCCUGGCAGAAGCAGCAGCCUCUGGCCAACAGCUGGGCUGAGCUGCGGCUGCGUCUCUGAACCGUUGAGGGGCGGCGGGUAGCUGCUGCAGCCCCGGUUGGCUCCCCAAACACAGAGACCUUCCCAAGCAGGGUGCGUGUGGCCUUUCUCCCGUGCCCAGCAUCGUCCCUGCCACCUCCAGCCCUUUGACUUCCCCACUGAGCAAAACUCCUGGUGACCAGAUGGACACAGCCUACCCCCUCACCCAGCUGUGCCUGAGAAGUGGGCCCAACCAUCUCCAGAUGGGCAGCUGCUGGAAUGCUGCUUUCCCCUCUUCCUUCCUUAAUCAGGAAGCUGGGCCUCAGCUGACUGUCUCAGUGUUCAAGCCCAGCAGAACGAUACGUUCUAUGUACUGAAGUUCUCCUUCAGGAACUCAAGGCAGUGCCCACCCUAUUUUCCCCCACAACAGCACCCUGCGGGAGAGUCAGGCUUUCUUGGCCAGGGAACUGCCCACGGGCUGAAUGAAAGAUGGGGCGGGUGGCAGGGCCUUCACGCUGAUCCAGCAAUGCUGUUCCUGUUCUUC